CCCCAAACCAUCUCUCUCUCUUCUCCCUCCCCUCCCUCCCUCCUUCCGCAUCCAUUGCGAUCGACGAUGCGGCGGUCGAGCCAUCCCUCAUCCUUCUUCGGAGAUCUCAGAAGCAGAGAGCUCAAUGGCUUCAAAGUGCGAAAAAGACCUUAUCUCGGCGAUCUCUCAUCGGAGCCCAGCAGUCUGGGCACUGGGGUGGUCGCGAUCGAGCACGAUGGUGUCUCCUCACCUCCUCUCGCCAUCUCAUUCUGCAAGACGAGCGGGAAUUCUCACCUUCUCGCUGUUUCUGAUGAGGAUGGUUAUCUAAGCUUCUAUAACACUUGCCGGAGUCUCCCUUCUGUUGCUUUAUGUCGGGAGAAGGCAGCGGAGGUUAGGGUCUGUGAUUGGAUUGCUCAUAAUAAUGCCAUUUUUGAUAUGUGCUGGAUAAAGCAUGAUACCCAUAUCCUAACAGCAUCGGGUGAUCAAACUAUCAAGAUAUGGAAUAUAGAGAAGAGAAAGUGCACCGGAAUCUUUGUUGGGCAUACUGGCAGUGUAAAAUCACUUUGCUCUCACUCUUCAAAUCCAGACCUUGUCGUGUCCGGCUCAAGAGAUGGCUCAUUUGCUCUCUGGGAUCUGAGAUGCGGAUCAAGUUACAAGAAUAACCAUGGAGAAGUGUGCUUCCGAUAUACUGCUGUUGUCAAAGAAGCCCAUACUUCUACUCAAGGGAAGCGGGUUAGGCGAGGAAAGGCUGCUUCAAUAAGUAUUACAUCGGUUCUGUACCUCAAAGACAAUGUCUCCAUUGCCAGUGCUGGAGCAGUGGACAGUGUUGUGAAAUUCUGGGACACUCGCAACUUGAAAUCACCAGUCACUCAAGCAUGCCCUUAUGUUGAACCAUCAGCUGAAAGGGAAAGAGGGUUACAUGGGAUUUCUUGCCUGUCUCAAGAUUCAAAUGGUGUGUUCGUUGCAGCUUCUUGCAUGGACAACAGGAUUUACCUAUAUGAUGUUUUACACCUCGACAAAGGUCCUACGAAGAUUUUUUCUGGCAGCAAAAUUGAGUCGUUCUUUGUAAAGUCUGCAAUUAGCCCUGAUGGAGCUUACAUUCUUGGUGGUUCUAGUGAUGGCAAUGCGUACAUAUGGCAGGUUAGGAAACCGGAAGGACUUCCAGUCAUGUUGAAGGGUCAUGAAGGUGAAGUUACUGCAGUAGAUUGGUGCUCAUCAGAGGUUGGGAAGAUUGCAACUACUUCAGAUGAUUUUAUGGUUCGUGUUUGGAAUUUUAAGAAAGGGGGUUGCAUAAGUUCAGGAUCUCCAAAAGCUGUUAGAAAGAGAGUUCUUGCUCCAAACAUUGAGGGCAGAAAGCUGGCCAUGGGUGAACCUCCGUGUUCUACAGAGAUGGCCGACAGCCUCUGUGCUUCAAGGGAAAUGAUGACGAACCCACCCUCAUCUGUUCAAACUCAAAGUCUCGAGUUUAGUACACCUGAAUCUGGAAAGAAAAGACGUUUUGGAUCAUUACUAGGGGAAGAAGCAGGGAUUCAGAAGAGCCCAGAUGCCGAACUAAGCAGCCCAUCUUCUGUUCUCAACCCCCCUCCCUCUUUGAAAAGGAGAACCAUUCGUGAUUACUUUAUUGCUGCCCCAUGAGAUCUGCAAGAAUUUUUUCUUCAUCUCCUAUUCUUUGAUGCCUCAACAGCAACAUUUUUCUUAAGAGUGAAAAAAGGAACAAUGGUAUUUCAAUCAUUAUCAUAUCAAGCUGCCGUGCACCACCUAGAUGGUCUAUAACUGGAACAUAUCCAUAGGUUUUUCUUUGUUCGGUUUCGAACUCCGAAGUGUGGAGAUUGAAUUCAUGGGAGGAUAUACUCAAACUUAGAUGCCCCUCUCUCUACUUCAACAGCUUCUUUGAUGCAAGCAGCUUUUUUCAUAUACUGUCCUAUAGCCCGGUUUCUUCAUGUCAGAUGUAUUCAAACCAAUCUUUGUAAUAUUAAAGUAACAUUUAAAUUUUUUACCUUUGAUUCUUUAAUAAAUUCUGAUGACCAAA